AUCUGCCGGUCGCACCAACCGGCCUCUGAAAGUCAGUUCCCUGCUGCCCCGACCCCCCUCUACUCAAAGCCGUAGUUAUUUUCUAGUAUUCCCGUGUAGAAUCCCAUCCCGGUUGCUUUGCCUUCUCCGGAAACGCCAGUGCAGGGGCUCCCCGAGGCGAUACCCAGCCUCCGGGCCGAUCCGGAGGGAAUCGUUGGGCGAUGGGCCGACCGCAGACUUGGCUUCACUGGCCUCGCCAGCAGUCGGCCGAGUUUGGUUCCCAUCAGCUAGGACCCACACCGAAGAGCCAGGAAAGGGAAGGGGCAAGGGAAAGUCAGGAUAGUCCGUCCGCUUCGCUAGGUGGAACCUAGCCCAGAUGGGAUUGGGGCAGGGCGAUGAAACCUGCUCCCCACUACCCCCCAAUCGCAGUGACUCUUCGGUUUCGUGCUUUCGCUUCUCUCCUCUCUCCCUCCCUCAUCCUCACCGAGCGCUGGGGCCUGGCUCCUCGGGAGAUGGAAGGAGAGGUUAGGAGCUGGCCGGAAGGAAGCCACGGGAAAAACACCAGACGUCGACGUGGAGAUUCUCAGACAAGAAGAAAAACGGCAAAUGUUCGUCGAUGGUUUGAGCGAGUGAUAGAUCAAAUGAGAAAUGGCCGUAGAUCUGAGAGAGUUGGACUGAAAUUGGGAAAGAAAAAACUUAGCACGAAUCAGGAAGGGGAUAAAAAAUGUGAACACUUUAGAUUACGGGAUUAAUCACCCAAAGAAUGUUUCCUACAUCAAACAGUGGCAUUUUUUUGAGUGCUUACUGUGCGGAACGCUGCACCACGUGUCAGGAAGACUAUAGUACGGCGGUGACAGAGAAGGACGGAGAGCCCGAGGGCAGAGGGCCCUGGGGAAGCGAUCCCGAUGAGCUUGGAAGCCGUGGGCCCAACGCUGAUAGGAGGAACUUUCACCGUUCAGUUCUACGACGGAGUCAUUCGGUGUUUAAAGCGAAUGCACAUCAAAGCCAUGCCGGAAGAUGCCAAAGGGCAGCUUUAGUUAAAGCUGCAGCUGCCGCAGCAGCAAAAAAUAAGACCGGGAGUAAACCUCGGACCAGUGCAAACAGCAAUAAGGAUAAAGACGAAAGGAAGUGGCUUAAAGUUCCUUCAAAGAGGGAAGAAACCUCAACCUCUGCAGCCAUACAGGAAGCUGAGAAAAAGGAAGAGUCGUCUACAUCUAGUGAAACGUUUGUAGGACUCCCCGUAGUGAACGUUCCAAAGAUGGUUUUUCCACAGCCCGAGAGCACCUUAUCCCACAAACGGAAAAGUAAUCAAGGCAACUCGUUUCAGGCAAAGAGAGCUCGUCUUAACAAGAUUACUGGUUUGUUGGCAUCCAAAGCCGUUGGGGUGGAUGGUGCGGAGAAGAAGGAAGACCACCAUGAAACAGCUCCAAUCCUGGAGCAGGCGAUUUCACCUAAACCUCAAAGUCAGAAAAAAAGUGAAGCUGAUAUUAACAGUUCUGCCAACACCCAGAAACCUGCACUGUUGCCCUCAACUUUGUCUUCAGGGAAGGCUCGCAGCAAGAAAUGCAGACUUGAAUCUGGAGAUUCUUCUGGGUGUCUAAAACCCCCUAAAUCGCCACUGUCCCCAGAGUUAAUGCAAGUCGAGGAUUUGCCGCUCGUUCCUCAGCUUCCAUCUUCAAUGCUAAAUAAAACUAGUCCAUCUCAGCCAGUGAAUCCCCCUAGACCUUCCAAACAUAGCGAGCGGAGGAGAAGAUCACAGCGUUUAGCUACUCUGCCGUUGGCUGAUGACCCAGUAGAAAAAGUGCCUACUCCCUCUCCGAUCACUGAUGGAAAAGUGUUCUCCAUCAGUGCUCAAAGUCAACAAGCGCCAUCCAUACCGGAGGUACCCGGUGUUACUCACAUAUCAUUUGAGAAGCUCGGACUCUGUCUCCCUCUUGACUUAAGCCGUAGUUCGGAUGUUACGGGAUCAUUAACCACAGAAUCCUCUUUCCGUAACGAGUGCCCCAGUAAAGAGAAGGAAGAGAUUCAGAUGAUUGCAUAUCAUUCUUCCAGAGCAGUAACUGACGGAAGAAUAGCUUCAACAGCGUCAGGAAUGUUGAAAAUGGAAAAAAAGGUGAAAUUGGAAGAGAAAAACUCCUCAUCGCUGGGUAAGAAAAGAGACAAGGACAAGGAAAAAAAGGAGAAGAAAGACAAAGACCACUACAAACCGAAGCAAAAGAAGAAGAAAAAGAAGAAAAAGAAAUCAAAACAGUAUGACUAUUCAGACUACGAAGAUAAUUCUCUGGAGUUUUUGGACAGAUGCACCUCUCCUCUCACCCGGUCCUCUGGGAGCUCUCUGGCUUUGAGAAGCAUGUUCACAGAGAAAAAUUCAUCCUAUCAGUAUCCAAGAGCAAUUUUGUCUGUUGAUCUUAGUGGAGAAAACUUGUCGGAUAUGGAGUUCCUGGAUGAUUCUUCCACGGAGAGUCUGCUGCUGAGCGGUGACGAGUACAAUCAGGAUUUCGACUCCACCAAUUUUGAAGAAUCUCAGGAUGAAGACGAUGCUCUUAAUGAGAUCGUCAGAUGUAUUUGCGAAAUGGACGAGGAGAACGGCUUUAUGAUUCAGUGUGAAGAGUGCCUGUGCUGGCAGCACAGCGUGUGCAUGGGGCUGGUGGAGGACAGCAUCCCCGAACAGUACAUCUGCUACGUCUGCCGGGACCCGCCAGGCCAGCGAUGGAGUGCAAGAUAUCGUUACGAUAAGGACUGGCUGAGCAGCGGGCAUAUGUGUGGCUUAUCCUUCCUGAAAGAAAAUUACUCUGACCUCAACGCCAAAAAGAUCCUGUCGACGCAUCACCUGCUCGCCGACGUGUACGGCGUGACGGAGAUCCUGCACGGUUUGCAGCUCAAGAUCGGAAUUCUCAAGAAUAAACACCAUCCCGACCUUCACCUCUGGGCUCGUUCGGGGCUCCGGAAAGACCAAGACCAAGUAGCCGUGGAUGUCCCGUCCAAAGCCACCCUGCUGCUGGGACCCGCUCACCCCGAGGAGAGGCCCUGCCCCAGGCAGUGCCGCAGGGAGCCGCCCAGCCCGGCGUCCAAAGCGCAGGGCGCCUACAUCACGAGCGAACACAGCUACCAAAAGCCGCAGAACCCCGGUCAGGACCACAGGGCUGCCGUGGAUCCUCGGAGCUCCGAAGACGAGGAGGACACGAGCAGUCUGGAAGAGGAGCGGGAAUUCUAUCGCGCCGGUAGAAACCGCCCGCCCCGCUCGGUCAAAGAAGAUGGGGCGACUGGACAGACAAAUGCAGCCACCGGGAGUACCGGCCACGGGGGGCCCGAGAAGAGAGGAGCAGCGGAGCCAGGGGACUCCCCGCUCCAGUGGCAGCUCAACCUCCUGACGCACAUCGAAAGCGUGCAGAACGAAGUGACCAGCCGGAUGGACCUCAUAGAGAAGGAAGUGGAUGUCUUGGAAAGCUGGCUGGAUUUCACCGGCGAGCUGGAGCCCCCAGAUCCCCUGGCCAGACUUCCGCAGCUCAAGCGCCACAUCAAGCAGCUGCUGAUGGACCUGGGGAAGGUGCAGCAGAUCGCCACCCUGUGCCCCGUAUGACGAAGGGGCGAGUCCGGGCCGAGCGCGGCCGUCCCUCUCCGUCUGUCCGUGUCUGUCCGGGGCCCGCCCCGCCCUCCCCCGCCCCCCGACCCGA